ACAUACACAAGUCGCUGGAUAAUAGCUGUGAUAUUAUAACCCCUAUAUGUCUCCUUAGGUUUCGGACGAAAACUCAAUCUUUAAUAUGACUUCAAUGGAACUAUUCCCACCCACUGGGAAUGUGCACAAAGCUGAACCCAAGGAGUGGGGAACCGGCGACUUCCGGGCUGAUGCCAAAGAGAAAGUUUGGAUUGCCAAACACCCAUCCUGGCAGUACAGUGGAGAAGCCAGUGAGCACAAGUACACGUUAACCCCUCUCAAACUAAGCAAUGUGCGAAUGACCGACCAGCUAUUACCUGAUCCUAAGGAGUGUACAAUGGGACCUUUGCUCAUCAACAAGCCCUUUCCAGCUGAACACCCCUACAGCUCUCAUAUUCCCAGGAAUGCUCUCAUCCCAAAAUUUGAUUCUCCAGAGGAUCCAAAACGAGGUGUCAAAGCUCGAAGCCUACCAAUCAACAAUGAGAUGCCUGCAUGUCCUUAUGACGUCACGAUCGUCAGUAAAACCAAAGGAUUUGGAUAUCGCCAUGAACUCCAGGCUUUACCAAGCGAAUCUGAGAAGCGCCCCCUGGUGUGGCUAGGUGAAGACGGCUUUGAUCAACUCGUUAAGACACAUGGCGGGAGGCAGAGCUACUACCCUUAUCCGCCAAAACUUGUGGCCCCGAACUUACAAGAUCGACCAGUGGAAAUGAAGAUCUCAGAACGCACGGCCAACACUCUUCGGAACGUGGAGCGUAGCCAAUGGCAAACCAGCUACGAUCUGGCUCACACAGGGCUCGGCGACGCUAAUCCUAUGAGCCUUGACAACUACAAGGAGAAGAUGGAGAAGUUCAAGACAGACGGCACAGAAGACGAUAAUCUGUAUCCUAGGUCCACCAACACGUUCGUCGCACCUCGUCCGAUGGAAGGUCGCAUAGCCAGACAACUAAGCUGUCUUCCUAAGCCACAGGGCAAGCAAGCGGAAACGGAAAUGCCCAGUGAAAGAAAAAUGACACUGAAUGAGAUAGAGGAGGACCGCCUGUUGAACGGCAAGGAAUACAUUAACCUGCCUAUAACGACAUCUGAGGGGGCACUGACAACAAAACAGCCGUCUGAAUGCGCAUCGUUGUCUCAACGCAAUUCAAUGGUAAAAUGCUACCAACCUCAAGAGGAAGAACCUGUUAACUACUUAGAUAAAUUUAAACAAGAUCAAGCCCAGCGGUUCCAACAGAUCGAGGCUCAGAAUCGAUGGAAAGUUCUAGAGAACCAGACACCGAAACAUGACAUCGAACUAUUAAAUGUAAAGUACAGUCACGUUAACGAUGGCGAUAAACCCAAGACCUUUUAUGAGCACGAGGGAAAGUUUAAUGAAGAAAGAGCGGGUUUGUACAAGACCAGUUUCGAUCCUUAUCGCCUUUACCAUUCUAUGAAUCACCUAGAGACGUCAGGUCCUGAAAUCAUGAAUACUAUGUUCUCUCACGUUGACGCGAUCAGUGUACCCAGCGAUCUGAACGCCCAGAUGCGGGACGAUCUUCACGAGAGUGUCACAAUUCCUGAUAGAUCACCAGGUGAAGAGUUCUCCCCACUAACCUCUCUGGCGAAGCAAAAACACUCUCAAAAAGAAUGGCUACAGCCUUCCACAAAGAACUGCAGAGUGAAAGUCCAGGAAGGGGAGACAAUUCUGACAGAGAGUACCAAAGGAGACUGCUACGAUGUGCCCAAAUUCCUCCAAGAGUAUGACUUACCAAAGUAUGCCAGGAAUGACCCUGCUUGCCUCAUGAGUAACGAAAACCAAAACCUGGACAAUGUCCGUCUGACAGCCUCUCUCAAAGCGGAUCUCAAAACUGUUCGCUUUGCAGACGACCUAAGACAGUCCCUUCCCGCGAGGCCAGUUAGCAGGACGGGGCAACCCAAUACCAUACAGUACACAAGCCGACAUGCCCAGUGGAAGCGUGAAAACGAAUGCCAUGUUUCUAAUGUGAUCGUGCCUGUCCCCGGAAUAACGGACAUGGUCAGGAGAGAGAAAACCAUGCCAUGUUCGUCGGCUGUAGUUCGAUUCUCCAAUCCUCGUCCAAUUUCAGCUCAAGGACGCCCCCGAAAUGAAUUCGCCAGUCUGUCAACGAACUUCGCGCCAACGAAUCUUACAGCGAGCGUGACGGAAUCGACCGCUUACAGUAACCAGUUUCCUGCGUACGACUUAAGAAAAGACGAGGACCCACGGUUCAAAUGGCAGCCUGGCUGUGGGAAACCUCGACCACAAACCACCCUACUGAAACUCCAGGAAAGCUUCAGUAAGAGCCGCGUCCACAGCACUUUUCACCAGACAUUCCACGAGUCCGCCCCUGACCUGAGGCACGGUAUCCGAAUGGGCAAGAAACAUACAUUUGAUGGGAUGAACGCCCAAACGUUACACGGUUAGCUACAUUUCAGGAGUAGUCAAAAACAUAAACAAUGAAUUAAAUUUGUCUCCAACUUGGAAGACAGUGGAAAUCUGAAAACGUUUUCCUUGGCAAGGAAAAUUUGUUGGGUGUUUCAUUCCCAAUAUCUUUUCGAUUUUGCCAUUUAGAUUAAAACGCACGUAGUAUAGUGAUGCGUACACCAUCUUGGACACACGACACAAGCGCUACAGUUUUAUAAGAUGAGUAAUUUUAAUGUACACUAAAUGGUUAAAUACUUUACAUGCACCCAUGGCAAUAAUUUUGAACAGUAUUAGAGAGAUGACAAUUUAUAUUUUUGUACUUCAAUCAUAUUUUAACUUUAUAUGUUGUUUUCACAAUUCUGUU